AUGCUCCAUUCUCGGCUUCGACCCCUCCAGCGCCGUCACGCACCCCUCCAUCCUACAUCAUCUCCUUCAGCUUCUGCACCAGGCCCCAAAUUUCAAGAUGAAGACGACGUAGACUGCGAAGAAUCACCCGAUGACAUCUUUAGUGCCUUCCUCCCUCACUUAUUGCCUGAAGAUGCGCCCUCGUUUCACGGCGACCCCGGGCAACACCUGCUCUACUCGUCCCCGCGCUAUGGAGACCUAGAAAUCAUGGUUCCUUCGUACCCGAGCCUCAGUGAGAAACGGAGCGAAGAGAAUGCGGCCGGCCUAUCGCAAGAAGGCAAGGUGAAUCAGGUUGAGGAAGGGAGAAAGCUGUUUGCCCACAUCCUCUGGAGUGCAGCCAUGGUUGUCGCGGAGGGGGUGGAGAACGCGGAUGUCCGAUCUGAGGAUGCAGACACCGAUACAGCAAUGUGGAAGGCCAAAGGAGAAAGUGUUCUGGAGUUAGGUGCCGGCGCCGCACUCCCCUCGCUGGUUUGUGCGCUCGCUCAAGCAUCAAAAGUCACCGUGACCGACCAUCCGUCAUCCCCAGCAUUCUCAGGCGCCAUCCAAUUCAAUAUGAGUCACAACAUCCCCAAGACCAGUACGACCAAUGUUUCCAUUCAACCGCACGCAUGGGGCGUUCUCGACGACUCUUUUGCCCUUCGGAACAAGGGUGCCUUCACUCGUAUCAUCGCCGCGGACUGCUACUGGAUGCGAUCUCAGCAUGAGAAUCUCGUGCGGACCAUGCUAUGGUUCUUGGCCCCUGGAGGUCGGAUCUGGGUCGUUGCUGGGUUCCACACAGGUCGUGCAAUUGUUGCCGGUUUCUUCGAGACCGCAGUGCAGAAUGGUUUAGAGAUUGAAAGGAUCCAUGAGCGGGAUCUAAACUCGGCAACAGCAGAAGGCAAAGAGGUCCGCAGAGAUUGGGUGCCUGUGAGAGAGGGCGAGGGACCGGAGAACAGGAAGAGGUGGUGUGUUGUUGCCUCCCUGAAAAGGGCCCAGGAGUCAUAA